AUUAAGAGAAAAUACAGAAAAAUUAUAAAAAAUAUUUAAAAAAAACUUUCACACAAUUAUGGAUAAAUUAACCACUAUAAGUGCCACCUUAUUUAUGGCCGCCGAUGUCUUUGCCAUAGUCAGUUUGGCCAUGCCCGAUUGGAUAGUCACCGAGGAGGCUGGUGACAUACGCCUUGGUCUCAUGUGGACUUGCAUGACUCUCUAUAAUCGCCCCCAGGUUUGUUAUACACCCGAAUUGCAACCUGAAUGGCUGGUGGCUCUUGUUUGUAUAUUCAUUGGCUGCAUUUGUAUAACCACCACUGUCAUCCUGUUGGCCUCUAGUACUUGGGAUCGCAAUGUUAUACCGUAUGCCCGCUGGGUGGGUUUUACGGCCAUGGUGUUAUUUUGUUUGGCGGCUGUGGUGUUUCCUUUAGGUUUUCACAUUGAGGAGAUUGGCGGCCAGGCUUAUCAAUUGCCCAAUACCUAUAAAAUAGGUAUAUCGUAUAUAUUAUUUGUUUUGGCUUUGUGGAUAACUGUGGUGUCCGAGUUGUUUGCGGGAAAAGUUUGUUUGCCUCAUUUUUAGGGAGACUGAACAAGGCGUAAAUAUUUGUUGUUCUAAGCAAGACUGGA